AUCACGAGCCCCGGAUUGAGGCGCACAUCACGAAGAACAGCCUUUGCUCUUCAGCACACGAGGCGUACAGCAGCAAAAUGUCUGACGAGGGAAAACUGUUCGUCGGUGGACUUAGCUUCGACACAACGGAGCAGUCCCUUGAAGAAGCUUUCACUAAGUUUGGGGUUAUCACAAACGUUCACGUUGCCAGAAAUCGGGACACUCAGCAAUCGCGUGGCUUUGGUUUCGUCACAUUCGAUAACCCGGACGAUGCAAAAGAGGCCAUGGAUGGAAUGAAUGGACAGUCUGUCGACGGCAGAACGAUCCGCGUGGACAAGGCCGGAAAGCCUGGUGGUGGCGGAGGCGGCGGCGGCGGCUACCGUGGCGGCGGAGGCGGUGGAUACGGUGGAGGCUACCGAGGUGGUCGUGGCAGAGGAGGCGGAGGAUACGGAGGUGGCGGUGGAUAUGGAGGCGGUGGCGGAUACGGCGGCGGCGGAGGAGGCUGGUGAUCGUGGAUAGGCCCUAAUGCUGACCAAAAACAUCCAGGCACAUCUUACUGCACCGCAGCGCAACCUUUAAAGCAGGAUGCAGUAAGCAGAACGCUGACCAAUCUCUUCUUGGACUGUAAUACACAUAACUCCGCGUAAGCGUCCCUGGAUAAAUAAAUUAAUCUUGUAAAUGAGAUGCGUGUUCUUCAAACGUUCCUCAGGGAUCACAUUUUCCAUGAACAGGAAAUGAGCCCUGGUCUGUUAUAUAAUGCAAUGUGAUGUGAAAAUGGAUCAAAAUAAAUACUGAAAGUUA